AUGCUGGCCCGAAAAGCCUCCCUCAACCAGCUCACCCAGAACUCGCUGGCAUCUAUUCCUGAUGGUACGGUAGGCUAUGGAUUGGGGAGCCCUACAAGAUCCACCCGGGAUGACUAUCGGGGUCGAUCAACCCCCAUCGGAGCUGACGUCGAGGUCGGUGACGCCGUCAAUACUCCUGGUGGAAUGCAUGGAACUGUCAAAUUUAUCGGAAAUGUUAAAGGAAAGGCUGGAAUAUUUGUCGGAGUGGAGCUGGAUCCGGACAUAUCUGGAAGGGGCAAGAAUGAUGGCGCAGUCGACGGAGUUCGCUACUUUACCACUGCUCAGCCAAACUCCGGUAUCUUCGUCCCGCUAGCACGAACUACGAAACGGCAUUCAGCCUCAUCCUCAAAUCCCCCACCGACACCCACACUUCUGAGCCUACCUUCGCCUGUAGGACCUUCACAGCUGACACCUCCGACACCUUCGAGAAAUCGCUCGGAGUCUCCUGCACAUCGCUUCGCAAAUGGAAUUGGGAAAGCUCCAAGUACCCGGCCGUCAUUGCCAAGACCUGAGAGUCCUAUGCGAAGAGGGACUCCCGGCCCUGGCUCAAGACCUGGCCUACAUCCACCAGUAACACCUAGAAAUGUUUCUUCAGCUGCCGGAGGCAGAUUUGGCGCUCCUAGUCCUACACCGGGGAAAUUGAGUUAUGGUGGCCGAGCAAGAGCCAGCAGUAUUGCUUCAACGGUGGAUGGAAGGCCGGGUACAUCGGGGGGCGGUGCUCCACCGCUAAGGCUUGCACAAACACCCAAUGCGCGUGCUCCAUAUUCGUUGGGGUCGAAACAGCCCAAGAGCAAUAUGGGAUUGAGUCAGGUGAUGAGGGCAGGGAGUUCAAUGGGUAUGAGAAGCAUCAGUUCCCUCGAUCGGCAUAUGGAGGAGCACCAUGAGACAUCGCCAAUAGACUCGGGAAUUGCCAUGAGCAGGGCGGAUGAUUUAGAUAAUUCCGGGGCUACCUCGGCGCUGGAAUCUAAGCUAGCGGAGAAGGAUGAACAGCUAAAGGAGCAAGCGGCAGCAUUGCUGGAGAUGGAAGCAUCAUUAACAGAGUUGCAAUCUCUCGUUCAGAAUGCCUCCUCUCCGCAGAUGUCACAUUUUACUUCUCCGACUAUCUCCAUCAGGUCGGGUGCUUUUGAGGAUGCGGAUGCUACUCAGUUGAGGGCUUUGCUUCGGGAAAAGAAUGAAAAGAUUCAGCUUCUUACAGCGGAGUUUGAUGCACAUAGAGCGGACUUCAGAUCGACUAUCGAUACUCUGGAGCUCGCCAGCACGGAAACAGAGAGGGUAUAUGAAAAACGAGUUGAUGACCUUACGGCAGAGAUUCGGGAGCUACAGGAGAGAAAUGAUGAUGUAGAGAGUGUGGCACGUCAGUUGAAGCAAUUAGAAGAGUUGGUCGCGGAGUUAGAAGAGGGGCUAGAGGACGCCAGGAGAGGAGAGGCGGAGGCUCGAGGGGAGGUGGAAUUCUUGAGAGGGGAGGUAGAGAGGAGCAGAGAAGAGCUCCGAAGAGAGAAGGAAAAGAAUGCUGCUGCCGUGGCAAACGCUGCCGUUGGGAAGAUGAUGCGCUCCAAUAACGAUGAGGUUGAGAAGAGGGACGAUGAGAUUAGGGGUUUGAAGGCCAUUAUUCACUCUCUGAGCCGGGAUACGAUAUCCGCUGACGAUGGUACGAACGAUGGUCACUCACACCUUGACGGAGUCGGUGUGGCGGGGAAGUUGGGGGACAAUGGAGAGGUAGAGGAGCUGGCUAGGGAGCGCAUGUCGCGAGAGAAGUUGGAGAAGGAGGUUGGAGAGUUGGAGUCAUUGAUCGAAAGACGUGCUGCUAGGGAGGAGGAACUUGAGAAAGAGAUUGAACUUCUCAAGAAGCGCAAGGAAACCCGCAGCAGCACCACUAAUAACUCUGAGAAAACUGUCACAGGUUGGGCUGGUCGGGAGCGGAGAGAUAGUGGUAGAGACUCCCGAGCAACCAUUGGAAGCUGGAGAAGCAAGCACCAGCCGACAUCCUCUGCAGCAUCCUCUUUGUUGCAACAGCCUGCUCCUGCACCUGAGUCGUCCUUGCUCACCGAUGAUUUCAGUAUGACUGGCAGCGGCGGCCUCACUCCCAUCACUGCUGAGGAUUCUGAAUCUGCCGACGGCAGCGUUCUUUGGUGCGAGAUCUGUGAGACAGCAGGUCACGACAUCCUCACCUGUACCAACAUGUUCGGCUCCGCAGCCGGGGGCCCGGCAUCUGCUGGGCCAGAGGGCGAGAAAACCGCUGCUGCCGCUGCUGCGGAGGAAGCCGAAGGGGAUGAGAGGUCCCUGCAUGUAACAUCGCCGAUCAUGGAACGGGGUGCCAGCUCUAGCUCUGCAUUUCCCGAGUCCUCGACAGAUGACGAUGCAGACUUUAAGAGCGCUAUUUCGGAAAAGAAGAAGAGCGUUCAUCUUCCACCCCCACCGCCAAUGGUGGACGGCAGCUUUGGGCCUAUAGCUGGAAGGGAAACCGGUGUUAUUAAUAUGAACAAGUGGUGUGCUUUGUGCGAGAGAGACGGUCAUGAAAGCGUUGAUUGCCCUCUCGAGACUGAUUUCUAA